UGCCCAACUAUAAUAAGGAGAGCAGAGUGGGGAGGCAAGACCCCCACAUGCAAGAAGUUGUCUACUCCAGUAGAGAAUGUCAUCAUCCACCACACGGAAACACCACCCUGUAACUCUAGAGCUACGUGCAGCAAUCAAGCCAAGAACAUACAGAAUUAUCACAUGAAAACCAGAGGCUGGUGUGACAUUGCAUACAACUUUCUCAUUGGAGAGGAUGGAGCUGCUGUGUAUGAAGGUCGCGGUUGGACAAUUCAAGGAGGUCAUGCCAAGGAGGUCUAUAACCCUAUCUCCAUUGGGAUCAGCUUCAUAGGAACCUUUACUAGGCGCACUCCCAACACUGCAGCUCUGAAUGCAGCCAAACAACUCAUUGCUUGUGGGGUGGCCAGAAACGUCAUCAAAAGCAACUAUGUCUUGAAGGGACACCGAAACGUGAUGAGCACAAGCUGUCCCGGAGAUAGGCUCUAUAACGUAAUUAAAGGAUGGCCUCGCUUUAAAGCUUGA